AUGGGCCUCUCCGAAGCCUAUGACUAUUUGACUAGUUUCUAUACCAAAGCAAGACGGAAUGCAAGGCUCCAGCGGAGGAAAGCCAACACUUCAGGAGAUAGUCUUCGAUCAUCCUCUUCCCAAGAUGUCUUUCAUUCAGCCGUGUUGUCUCCAAAAAAGGUACGAGAUUCGGGCAUACCGACAGACAGUAAGGGAGAAUCUAUGCAAAUUUCAGCAGGGUCAAGCGAAGUAUACGGGGGUCUACCUCCUAUGAUCGAGUUCCCAGGAUUCAGCGAAGUAAACUUAGCAGCUCGGAUCCAACCUGACUGGUCAGAAGGAGAUAAAUCUAUGGAAAAGGCUCCGAAAAUACCAGAUCGCUCUCCAGAUCGGCCCAAGCCACAGAACAGAUGUGUCCAUAGUCCUGACGCACCGGCUAUGGCUCACCCAAAUACCACAACAGCGAACCUUGCCAUCACCACAGGGGGAGAUGUAUAUAAUGGCAUGGGGAUAUCAAGUAAGACAAGUAGCUAUACGGCAAUGUCGGAGAGAUCGAACAUGACCGUCAACCAUGACCCGACAAAGCGAGCCUUUAGUCCAUUUGAGGCGGGACGCCCGGCGAUGCCAUCUGAAGCCGAAUCAAACCCGUUUUCCGACAGUAAAACGAUGGAGCCAUGGGAAGGAUCACGCAGUGUCCUUGUUCCCUUAGGGUCAUCCCAAUGUUUUGUUCAUGAAACAGAAAACUCGAACAGCAGCCACCAUAGACAUGGGCAAGGAGAGGCUCUUGGUAGAGGCCCUCGACUCUCCACGCGAAGAAGCGGCAGCAGUGCUUCGUCCGCUUCAGCGUGCUUGCGGUUGACAGAUGGUAACAGAGAGAGGCGAAGGAGCUUGAUUAAAGCACAAUCCCUUCUUAAAUUCAAUGGUUCCGCCCGGUAUUAUGGGUUGGAUGUCAUUAUAUCGAAGGAGGUAUCACCACUGCCUGGUGCAGAAAACAAUCAGCCCGCGAGACAAAGCUCGCUGCUUAACCGGUUGCGCAAAGUCAAGUCUAACCUGGCAGUUAAACGCAAGGACACCAAUAGACAUGGCUUGCGACGUAUCAAGACUAUGGCAAAUUUAAACACCCAUGCCGAGUACGGCACGCUCGAAGGAAGAACGGUCGAAGACCUAGCACGACUGGGAGGGGAAAGUACCCUCAUCUUCCCAGGUGAAUAUGAGCCAGGCGUCCUUCGGCUUCCCACCUGCAUAGCAGCGCCAGUCAACUUUCUACUGCAGCACGGUACAUCAGCACCAUACGGGUACGGUAGUGCGUGUGAUGAGUCGGUAGUUUCAGCACUAUACAGCCAUUACGCACGUCAGAUAGUAAGAGCAGAACGAUCGAAGGACACGAUCACCAGAACCACGAGAUCGAUUCGCCUUCCAUCGGGCUAUGUGUACAAAUGUGCUCGGACAAAAGGCGACGCCCAUGUUCAGGACAUAUCCACGGUACUCAGACACUUCCUCUGCGAGCUGCCCGGUGGUAUUCUGCGUUCGUCCUCUCUAUACCAAGCCCUAGUGCAGAUUCAUGACAAGUCCUUCCUGGAGGCAAAAGAACUGCGAGAUCCAGGCCGGAAGGAAUACAUCAAAGGAAUAGCAACGCCUCUAGCGGCAAAAGUCCGGAUGGUCUCUCUGGCACUGCUGGCGCUGACGACGGACAUGCAGCUGGAGGUAAUCUGUGCAAUAUUUGGCCUGCUCGCGCUGACUGCGGACGAGUGCGCAGACCGGAAGCUCACGCAUCAGUAUCUCCACCCGCCAGGGAUGGUAUCGUGCGAUUUCUGCAUAACACUGCCGACUCCUCGCACUCUAGGACGAGUAUUCGGAUACUUUUUAUACGAUGCGAAGGGUGCCCGCGAGCUUCAACCGUUGGUCAAAUUCAAGUUGGCGGAGGGCACACAGUCGGCCGACGUAGCGACCAUGCUGAUUGAGCUGUGGAAGCACAUCUCUACGCAGCUCCGCAAGUGGCAAGUCCUUGAAAACGCAUGA